ACACUAAUGCGCCUUCUGCAUACUGUUAAACCUGCUACAAUAAUUAAGACCUGUCUAGUGGCUUUGCACCAUCCUCAGCUGCUCUCUGCCCCUGACAGCCACAGACAGGAAAAGGCGUGACCCCGCCCACAUCGAGCUGGAGAGCGACAGCGCAGCGCGGAGGCGCGUUCACUUACAGCGAGCCCCUAUUGUCGUAUGGCAGCCAUUCGAGAAGCAAUUCUGCAUAUUUAUACUGAAGAACCUUUACUGUUUUUCAUCAGUUUAUGUACUCUACCUGGGAACUGUCAAUAGGUCAGGAAUAUCUCAGCCAAUCUUCAGCUUCAGCUUCAUCAUGCCCACACAAUUGAAGCCAUUAACUGACUGAUGAGAUGCUACAUUCAAUUUGCUUAUGGUACUGAGCUCUGAAAACUGGCAUCAAUACUGGAGUCAAAAUAUUUGUACCGAUCCAACACUAGUCUGGAUUUGAGAUAACUAUCUCAUGAUAUGGUCUAAUACAGUGGCCUAGUGGGUAAUAUACUUUGGAGGCCAACUGCUACGUACCUGUUCGCUUGGACCUCUGAUGGUACAUUUUAAAAACUGGAAGAACAUCAAAAGCAUUCGAUUGAAUAUGAGUGACUUCAACAAUUCAGACAACUCUACUAAUCAAAACUACAAUAUUGAGAAAGACAUUCUUUUCUUAGACAUUUCCUCACGAGCUACAUACUGUUACACACUGUUUGUUAUGGCUGGCCUUAUUGCCAGUACAUUUAUCUGUAAAGUAUUUGUCAGAAAUUGUAGAGGAGGAAGAAACUUUGAAAAGCUUGACAUACUUUUCUAUGCUCUCAACUUCACAGACAUGAUAAUCCUUCUGUUUUCAUUUUCUGUAAUAGCGUACCGGCCCAAAUAUUUGCAGGCAACAAUGUUGGAAUGUGGGAUCUUGUCUUUCUUCUUUAACAUGUUCUAUUUUAAUUCUCAAUUUUUACAUGUCUCAGUUGCAUUUUUCUUAAUAGUUGAGGAGAGAUGUGCUAAUGUGUGUCGAAUGAGAAUAGCAGUGGACAGUGCAUUUGUCUGGAUUGUAUUUGCAGCUGUGUGUGCUUUGUUUUCCUCCCUCUUGGAAGCAGCACUGUUGGGUUUUGAACACAAUUUAAAUAAGACCAUCUCUUGCCAGCUUGACCCGCUUCAAGCAAAGGCACAAUAUGACAUUACAAAGUUUGUCACUAGCAUUGUAAUUCCAUACAUUCUUCUAAUGAUUUCUCUGUUGGUCUGCUGUUUCAUGUGGAAAAGGCCAGAUCAUAAAAGCACCAUGAAGGCAAGGCUCAGAGUUAUUUCAGCACUCCUAGCAGUAGCAUUGGUUACACUGGUCUGUCGACUUUUUUACAAUUGUGUUCUGAUAAGCCGAGCUAUCCGAAAACUCCACAGUGGGAAUGACUACCCAAAACACGAGGAAGCACUGAUGUGUGUAGCAGAAUUGGUAAUGUUUUCAGGUAGCUGCAUUAGUUUGGUUUUAGUGAUUUUUCUGUACAAACCCUAUCAAGAACAGUUGUCAAAAUCCUGGCGUCAUCUGAGAGAAUUUUGUAGAAGGAUUACUCAUAGAGAUAACCACAGAAACAUCAUGGAACCCACCAUUGAAAUUGUAGACAAAAAAGAAGAAACUGCAUCAAUGAACCUUGAAGAACAAGAAGGAGAUAAUGAAGGGGUAACUAAAGUUUUCUUGGAAACAUAAAGUAACCUGUCUGGCUAUCUUGUGGAUAAACUUAAAGAAAUGAUCUAUGGACACUAAAAUAAACAAACAAUUCAGCUGUAAAAAGAGACUUGUACAGACAUUUCAAUUGUGUUUUCUCAUUACCAUCCAAAUCGAAUUACUUGAACUCAGAGUGUUAUGUAAUCCAUAUAUUUGUUGUGUGUUGAACAUUGGUAACAGACAAGCUUUACUUUUACUUUGCAGCCAUAAUCUAAAUAAAUAUACUUAAAUGGAGAUGAAAUUAACAGGUUUUCUAAACUAAUUUUUAAUUAAAAUUUCUUCAUUAUUUGAGAAGUGGCUUAAAAGUAAAUAUUUUACUUUGUUAUUCCGUUGGCUAAAAUGAAGACCACAAUUAGAAUAUUUCCACUCUAUAAUACAAGAUUUGUUUUUGUUUAUUUUUUGUAUUACAGUGUGAUUUGCCUUAAGCAUUCAUGCAACAGUUAUGUCAGUAAAGAUUAAAGUGUGUUUUUGUAAUAAUAAAUCUGUAAAUACAUA